CAAAUGCAAGGAGAAAUUACGUCAUAUGAUUACGGUUGUUAUUAUUUGAAAUGUGACUUCUGCCCCACAACUGUAAUUGGCUAGUUUUAUAAAGAAGAUGAUCGCUUGGUAAAUGUCACAUUUGUUUUCAAGGAUGAGGCGGUUCCUGCUCAAUGCCACCAGAGGGCGCGAUUGUGCGGUUUCUGACGAUCACUCAAAUAUGCACUUUAAGUACUAACCGUGCAACCUGUACAGCGCUCAGCUCAUUUCGGUCUUUGGGAUUCAGCCGAGUGACAUCCCCGACUUGAUCUUUUAGGCUCAGUGCCAAAUGACGUGUCUGUUUAAUUGCCUUGUGACAUAAUCCGCUCACAUUUGAGCCGUUGCGCGAAAGUAACCCAGGAUGCGUGAUUAAGGAUCGAUGGAGGAUUUGUAAACAUAAAUCCAGAGCAGCUCAAACUAUCGUCGCGGUGGAGGAUUCCACACCGGGAAGGCUGGAUGACAUGAGCUCUCACAACCGGAGCCAAAGCAGCGCGCGGCGCGGCGACUAUGUGUGGCAAUAUGAAUACUACGACGACGAGCCCGUCUCAUUUGAGGGACUCAAAGCACACAGAUACUCCAUCGUAAUCGGCUUCUGGGUCGGACUUGCGGUGUUCGUCAUUUUCAUGUUUUUUGUGCUCACGAUGCUCACAAAGACGGGGGCGCCGCAGCAAGAAAAUUUAGACAACGAGAACCUGCCCGGUCCAGGAAACGGUCUUGUGAACAUCAUCUGUCAGAAAGACGACGACUCUGACGACAACAAUGCCGUUUCUCGUGCUUUCCUUGCUGAAUCCCGCUCUUAUUUUAAUUUCUAUAUCAGUAAGGAGGGCGAGGGAAAGCGGUGGCAAAAACCGGGAACAAAGCAGAAUGGAUCGCAGGGGACCUUCAACCAGUCAGGAGGUCCUGGCCCCGCGGUGACCGAACAGGAGGAUGAAGAUAUGAGGGACCGCUUACCUUUCGAUGGACUCCUCGCAGAUGAGACGAGGACAGAUACGGACUGUGACUUCUUGUCCCACUUCAAUAUCCCAAACUUUGUCACUUGUGAGCACAAUUCUUCGUUGGGAGAAGAUGACCCGCUGUGCGGGCCGCCAAUCACACCUGAUCGGAACAUGUGAUCUCCGCGGCGACAGCCUCCGACAUUCGAACUAGAAAGAAAGCGACGAAAAUGUUUGGAAUGUUUGCUUCCUCUUGCCUGGAACUAUUUGGGACGUCACGCAAGCUCGGAAAUCAGAUGAACCAACAGAUAAAUGAUUCAAGGCUCUUAACAUUUAUGCUAGCAGGUCGCAGAGUCGUUUAUACUGCAAGAACUAUUUUCAACCCCUUCAGGGACAGCGGUUACUACGGUGGAUAGCUAAUCAUGUGAUCAGGUUACAGGGUGCAUGAAAGGGUUAAAUAAGGAGGAAAAUGAAUUCAAUGAGCAAUGCACUACUUCAUUUGAACUCAAUUAUUAGCGUUCGCUCAUAUUAGCUAACGUCAUCUCCGUUUUACAGACCAAAGUUAUACUUGCAGGAAAUAAUGGGACUUACCCGUGACUCCAUCUUGUCGACUUGGAAGUGCGUCGGAGGUGUCGAGGACUCCACGCGGCAUGAAUACCCCGAGUCAAAUUAUCCGCCGACGGAACAACAAAACUUUGACAGGGAGAACAAUUAAAAGCCCUUCCCUUGAAAUGUCAGAAGAAUUCACCUGUGUUGUGUUUGUGGGUAAACUGAGAUGGAAUUAUCAAUAUUUCCAAGAGCGGACAUAUUUUUUUUUGGGUGAUAUUUUUUUGUUCGGUGGGUUGCCGUGAGCUUUUUCGGAGGUGUGCCUUGUUGAUUAAACGUAAACACCUGGACUGGUUUUCCAGCUCUUUGCAAGGAAAAAAUGUCCUUUUAAUUGAAAUAUAAACUCAAUGGAUAUGAGAAAACAUGUUAAUACAAAAAGCGAGCCAAGGGAAACUCUGAUUGUUUGGCCUUGGCAGAGGUCUGAAAUCUGCUGAGAGCUCCGAUAGAUCACAAAAGGAUGUCUGACUCAACAACACAGCAGCGCACGGUGGAGUGGCCAGAGUGUGACAAAAGGCUAUUAUUGGAUAGAUGUGUCACACGGGGAGGUAUGAAAAAGGAAAAAAAAAAAAACUUUCAAUGCCCUAAAGGUUGAGUGUUGACUUUUGUGUAUUAUCGGUACAUUGAUUCUGGAAAAAUAGAUCAAUAGGCUUUCAUUUCUGUUACUUUUUCCUGAGCUUUGACUAAAACACACACAUCCCCCCCCCC